UAAAAAUAUAAACAAACUUGUUUUGACCUGUCAGGAAGAAAUCAUCCUUCCUGUAUUAUAAGCAAGUAUUUUCUGUUUAAGCUACUGUUUCAGAGCGGCUUUUUUCUUUAAUGACACGGCAACGUUUCUGCCUAUUAAUCCUGCUCUGUAUCUUAAACCGGGGGAAACUGUGUGCAUCGCCUGUCAAAUGACACAUCAAAAAUCAGCUCUCAUAUGUCUCUAGCUGGACCUCCUCUUCCUGUUUGUUAGCAGUCCGCGUCCAGCUGUGAAACAACCGCAUUAUGGUGCUGCCAGGCAGGUGAAAGGGAUGAAACCUAAAGGUCACUGGUUUAUAAUGGCUGAGAACGGACGGGAGCUGAUUUGUUCGGUUAGACAGGCUGGCUCCUCGGGUCGUCCGGACCGACAGAUGUUCAAGAGUUGGACUCACUUCCCCAGCUUGAUGGACGGCAUCCACACCCUGAGACAGAGCGGAACCCUGUCCGAUGUUGUGCUGCUGGUGGAGGGUCGGUCCAUCCAAGCCCACCGUGUACUUCUGGCUGCCUCUUGUGAUUAUUUCAGGGGCAUGUUUGCUGGAGGCCUGCGUGAAAUGCAGCAGGAUGAGAUUCCUAUUCAAGGAGUAUCCUACACAGCCAUGAAAAAAAUUCUCGAUUACAUCUACACUUCUGAGAUCGAGUUAGACCUGGAGAAUGUUCAGGAGAUUCUGAUAGCUGCAACGCUCUUUCAGCUUGAAAAUGUCAUCAGCUUCUGCUGUGACUUCCUGUUCUCCUGGCUGGAUGAGAGCAACAUUUUAGAGGUCCUUCACUUGGCUGAUGUCUAUGGACUUGAACAUCUCAAAGCCAAGGUCCACUCGUACAUCCUCAGGAACAUUCAGACUUUGUCUCGGACAGACGUUUACCGCCAACUCCCUGAGGAGGAUGUCUUCAUGGUGCUGAGCAGUGAUGAGCUUCAGGUGGCCAGUGAGAAUGAGGUGUACGAGGCUGCACUUCACUAUCACUACAGCCCUGAGGAGGUGGAAACUGACCAGGUUGACUUACAGGUCAGUCAAAAGGACAACUUCAGGAUGCUUGAUGCGGUCCGGUUCAGCCUAAUUGAGAAGGAAGUGUUGCAGAGACUCCACAGCAGACUGGACUCAUGUCCGCUGAAGGACUCCAUUUCAGCGGCCCUAAGAUACCACGAACAUGAGUUGUGGCAGCCCGUCCUGCAGAGCCACCUCACUCAGCCACGAUCCAUCUUCCACUGUAUCCUUGGUUUUGGGGGGAUGUUCAGCUCCAGCUCCUUUGUAGAUGCAGAGCACAUGUUCCAGGUGUACCACCCAAGCUGGAGUGAGUGGAGAACUCUCCAAGCAGCUCACGCUCCUCGAAUGUCCAACCAGGGCAUCGCCGUGCUUAACAACUUUGUUUACCUUAUUGGAGGAGAUAAGAACAACAGUGGCUUUCGUGCAGAGAGUCGUUGCUGGAGAUAUGACCCUCGUCACAACAGCUGGUGCUCCAUCCAGCCUCUGCAGAAGCAACAUGCCGACCACUGCGUUUGUGUGGUGGGCGGCCAUAUUUAUGCCAUCGGUGGGCGUGAUUACAGGAGUGAGCUGGAUUCCGUGGAGCGCUACGACCCGAGCACCAACAAGUGGGAGUUUGUUGCUCCGAUGAGGAAAGAAGUGUAUGCUCACGCUGGAGCGGUGGUAGACGGCAGGAUUUAUAUAACAUGUGGCCGUCGAGGAAUGGCGUACCUUAGAGAGACCUACUGUUUUGACCCUGCACCCAAUCACUGGACAGCGUGCGCAGAGGGGCCAUUGGAGCGGGCGUGGCACGGCAUGGCCGCUGUGAAUGGGCGCGCGUACGUCAUCGGAGGUAGUAAUGAUGAUAGUGGAUAUCGGCGUGAUGUCCUGCAGGUAGCAUGCUUUGACCCCACAGCAAACUCUUGGUCUUUAUUGACCCCCCUCCCAUCUGGACAUGGAGAACCCGGCAUAGCUGUGCUGGACAGCCGCAUCUACGUCUUGUGCGGGCGCUCCCACGAUAAAGGCAACAGGAUGAAGUACGUUCACGUGUACAACACAGACACAGGAGAGUGGGAAAACGAGACUGAAUUUAGAGAGCAUGUCUCUGGCCUGGCUGCCUGUGUUGCACUCAUGCCCCCUGCUGUGAUCGCUCAGGCCCGAGGCUGGGAGCAGCACACCAAGGCUUCAUCAGAUAAUGCAGACAUAGACAACUCAGAGGAAUCCAGUGAGGACUGAAAUGAAGUCAUCAGUUUUCCUGCAUUUUCUUAUCCAAAACAUGAAACAGCACUUUUAAGGGACAGUGGUGCAUUGAUGACGUUUAGUGCCUCUGAAUGAGUUUCGUUCAGCACCUCUGUACACUUUUUGUUACUUCUCAAAUUCAUGGUACCACACUCCAUCCAGAUAUCCCAGUCGGCUGAAACAUUCAUCCCAACUUUGAUUCUCCUGUCUUUAUUUUAUCCUUAUUUUUUUUUUUUUUUUCUAUGUCUUUGCAAUGUGUAUCAUAAAAAACAACAGGCUUAAUUGCACAAACUAUUCAGAGGGAGGUUAAAUUCUGCUGCCAGCUUUUAUUCUUUCAAGACAGCUUUUUAAGAUUCAAAAUCAGAGUCAGGUCUGAAACGUUUUAGAGGCACCAGGUAUUGUUUCUGCGUUUGCUUCAUGAGGGUUAUUGCAACGAUCGGUUGUAGUUUUUGCUAUAACUAAAAGGACUUCACCUUGAAAUGCAUAAUUGUGCCUUGUUUUGUGAUCACUUCCUGUAUAUUUGAUGAUAUCUGAGUGAGAAGAAAUUAGCCUUAGAUCAAAAUGGCAAUGGCUCACCGUGGAGGCCACAAUGUUUCAGGAGGUUUAUCUCAACUCACAUUUUGUUGCCUUGCCUGUGAAUCACGUCUUUGUGUAAUCAAACACAAAUUUAUAAAAUGCUUUUCCACUCAUACCAACCACUCAAAGCGUUUUAGAGCCACAUUCACCCAAUCGCACUCAUAAACGAGCACACAUUCAUACACCAAUCUCCUGUGAGAAACAAACUUCUCGUUGAUUAACAUUUUCAAAAAGUACUUUUUGACAAGCCUCAUUGGAGAGAUUAUUCUAAAUUAUUGCAUAUGAGCUAUCAGGACUGAUGACAUUGUAGUUUGUUGUCUAUAAGCAGUUGAUCACUUUACAAGAUUUUUCUGUGAACAAGCUUAACAGUUUAAAUGAAUUUUACCAAUUCAAAAAGCUUUUUGGCUUCUGUUGUCUGAUCAUAUUUGUUACGAUGUGUGAGCCUUGUUUUACUCUGAUGCCUUGGUGUGAUGUCAGAUCUCCACAGUCGGUUGUCCUCGUUUGAACCCCCCAGCAGUGGUAGCUGUUAGCUUGAGCUUUGUUGUUCCACCCAGUCUCCACCAGUUCCUCUCCAUUUGGCUUUAUACUCCAUCAGCUUUAUGAAGGCUGACUGCCGCUUUCCUUUUCGGGGCUGUUUCAUCUACAUCUGUUACCCCCCACCAGCUCUAAGAGGGUGAUCCCCACCCCCCAAUGUCCCUCCCUCUGUUUUCACACUUUUGUGCCAACCCCCAGCAAGUUGUCUGCUAGGAUCUGCUAACACCAGCACUGGACAUCCAGGAUCAACAGUCUGCCGUGUUUACGUGCUUGUCCUUUUUUAUUUUUAUUUUAAAGCUAUAGUACCACCUGGGGGACACUUAAGACACAUGUCCAGCACUUAGCCACGUCAGCAGUCUUUACAAACAUUUGAGUGCAGGUCGAUCUGAAGCUUUUUGCAAGGCAAUUAAAAGGGCCACAUUAGCCAUUGAUGUAGAGAUAUGCAGAUUGAACCCAGUGGAGUUGAGGACGUGUUUGUGAGUCGGGGGAAUUUAAGAAAGUGCCGGCUUUUACUCUUGCUUCCCCCUGCUGUGGCGGAGUGGAGAAGGUCAGUGGAAAUCGAUGGAGAACAAAGGAACGUUUACUUUCCUGCAGGAAAUUUACUGAUCAGCAUGGUAGCUUCGCUGCAUGAACAGGAGCCAUACAAUGGCUUUCUGACCGCAGUCUUACAAAAAAAGUUACAGGUAAAUGUAGACUGCAUAAAAUAAUUGUACAUAAUGCUAUAACUUUUCCAUAUAUUGUCACAUUAAACCAAAUACCUUAAUGGAUUUUAUUGGAAUGUUAUGUGAUGGACAGCAUAAAAGUAGUGCAAAGCAUAACUGUGAAAUGAAAGGAAACCCACAUCACAAAAUGUUUUACAAAUAAAAAUCUCAAAUGUGUUCCUUGCA